CCAAGUGACCCCUGAAGGGUGUGUCUUAAGGUACAAAACUGCUGGGAAUUACACGAUCAUGUGACAGUGACUGGCUUUGUUUUCUUCCACAUUUCUACUUCCUGGUACCAAAGCUGUUUAUGAGAAACAGUAUUUCAAGGAGGUUGUGCUGCAUUAACUUUCUUCAGAGUGUUUUCGUCUUCUUCAAGACAAAAGUGACCAAGUGUGGGCCAUGGCGGACCAUCGGGAGGCUGCAGCGACACUCCUGGAGGACUGCCGGCACCUGCUGGCCGGGCCGCCCGAGGCGCUCAUGCCAGACGCAAGCGAGGACGCAGCGAGUGGAGCUUCCCUCCCCAGUGAGCUGAGGACCCUCAUCCAGGAGGCCAAGGACAUGAAGUGGCCCUUCGUGCCUGAGAGGUGGCAAUACAAACAAGCCGUGGGCCCGGAGGACAGAGUCAACCUGCAGGACGUGAUUGGCGCCAGGCUGCAGCCGUUACUGGUGUCCCUGAAGGCCUCCAUCCUCGCCCGGGACUACGCUACUGCGGCGGCCAUACUGUUCGUGAGCGACCGGUUCCUGUACGGGCUCGACGCGUCCCGCCAAGUCCUGCAGGUGGCCAAGGGGCUGCACAAGCUGUGGCCCGCCACGCCAAUGGCCCCGCAGCUGGUCAUUCGCCAGGCCCGAGUAUCAGUCAACGCAGGAAAACUUCUGAAAGGGGAGUAUAUCCUGAGCAGUCUGAUCAGCAAUGAUGGAGCGACAGGCAUCUGGCAGUACGGAAACGAAAGUGACCGGGUCCUGGUGCAGUCCGUGUGCCUGCAGAUCCGAGGGCAGAUCCUGCAGAAGCUAGGGAUGUGGUCUGAAGCAGCGGAGUUAAUGUGGGCCUCGAUCGCAGGGUACCUGACGCUUCCUCAGCCGGAUAAGAAGGGCAUCUCCACGUCAUUAGGGAUUCUGGCAGACCUCUUUGUGUCCAUGAGCAAGCAAGAGUACGAGAAGUUUAAAAACAGUCCAUGGAUGAACUUGGGCCUCCUGAGGGACUCGGACCACCGCCUGUUGUUGGCCGCUGAAGCCUGCAAGCUAGCGGCCGCCCUCAGUCCUUACACACCACUCUUUGUGCUCACAGCCAUGAACAUCCGUGGCACGUGCUUGCUGUCCUACACUGGUUCUAAUGACUGUCCCCCGGGCACAAGAACUGCGCAUCUGAGGGAAGCCGGAGAGGCCUUCGAGAUCGGCCUCCUCACCCAGAGACGCGACGAGGCAGCGACAGGAAGGCAGGGGCUCCACAGCCUCCUCAGAGCGGCGUUCGGCCUGGCCACGGUGCACUGCCGGCUCCACGGGGAGACUGGGCCGGGCCAGGUGGCCCGGCAGCUCUGUCUCGAGGCCAUGGGGAAGCUGUACGCAUUCAGUGUCUCUGCUGGGGAUCAGGAGCGAGCUGUUCUUGCCCGGGAAGUCAUAUGUGCUGUCAGCCAGGUGAAGGACCAUUUGCAGGUUCAAAGCUUUGCAACCUCAGAAGACGGGGCUUACGUCCCAGCGGGUUUUGAGUGUGGGCUGCACAAGCCUAUCCUGUACGGGCAAGUGGAUUUCCAGAAAAUUCUUGAAACCUAUUCACAGCACCAUACUUCCGUAUGUGAAGUAUUUAAAAGCACUUGUAAAAACAACAAAAACAAACAGAAAGAUGCCAGCCCCGGAGUCUGCAUCACUGCACUUAAAACAGACACAAAAAGCAUAGAAACCGUGAGUACGGAAGACGGGCUGUGUCUCCAGGCAGGCGGGAGAAUGUCCUGCUCCCAGGUGGCUCAGAAUGGCUGGGAGGCACCCAGGAGGGUGGGAAGGAGAGGCUGGGCCCAUUCAGAUGCCUUCCGAGUCCCCCUGGACCCAGACGUGGGGAUUGAGAUGGAGUCACCAGGCCACCGCAGCGGCAGGGAAGCUACUUUGGCUGACAGCCAGAGCUCCUGCUCCUGGAGCGAGUUAUCCAGGUGCAGCGCUUCCAGCAGCUGGGAAGAGGUGAGUGACCAAGGAGACAAGAGCCCGACCAGAGGACGGCCUAGUGGAGAGCAUCUGGCGGACACUCAGGGUCCUGCAGCUGUUGUGGGAGCGCAAGGGAGUGACGAGGGAAGCACAGCCCUGUGUUCACUGGCUUCAGAGCUUCGUGACCUCUCUUUCCCAGGGUCCAAGGGAAAUGGUUCAGAGUCCUGUCUACCUCACAUGCCCUUGGCCACUGCCCCCCCUCCUGGUGCCAGGGCCACACUCAUAGCCUUCAGCUCAGGGAAGCUGGAGUGCAGUCUGGAAGAAAUGCAGAAAGUCGGAACUACAGGCUCCAGAGAUACUUCUGCUCAUCCCAGACCCUCAUCUGGGUCUACUUCUUGGUCUCCUGAUCCUGAUUGGCCCAAGAACAUGGCCGCCCCUCCUUCAGUCCAAGGAGAGACCUUUGAAAUAAUGGAUGACCUUCCAGAAACCAGCUGUGAUGCCAGAGACCGGUCUGGAGGAGACAAGGGAGACCUCACACAUGGCACUGGCACUGCAUUGAAAGGGAGCCCCACCGAGGUGGACCCAGAAGAGGAGACAGCAGAUGGCACAGAGGACGUGCCCCAGGGCUCCCACGGAGGCACGGGCGAUUCUCUGGGCAGAAGUGCCAUGAUGGCGUGUCACUCUGUCACUCCUCUCUGGCCUCGUCAGAACCCAGACGGGGGACAAAGCAGGGGCUCAGCCCCAGAGCCGGACGUGGACCCCGAUGCGUCCACGGUGGACGAGCAGGGCCAGCUCCUCGACCUGGUGGUGCAGCAUGACCAUCCCGGGCUGUGUGCCCCGAGGCAGCCCUGUGUCCCCAGAAGCUGUGAGGGCUGUGCCACCACCGAGGAAGGGGACGCACCUGAAGAUGUGCUCAACUGCAGCCACAACUCCAGCUCAUCUUCGGCGAGCUGGUGGAACUCUCCCGUGUUCUCCAGCGGGUCCUCAGAGGGGGGCAGCCCCUGGUCCUACCUGAAUUCCAGCGGGAGCUCUUUCGUUUCCUUGGCAGGGUCAGUGAGGCAGGAGACCCUUGAGGCUCGCACCCUGGAGCCUGAUGACCUUGAAAGGCUGCUGGCAGGCGUGACGCACGAGUGGCUGUUCCAGAGGCUGGAGCACACAGGGGUGUUCAAGCCCAGCCGGCUGCACCGGGCGUACGAUGCUCUUUUGUUGAAAUAUUCUAAGAAAUCUGAAUUGUGGACGGCCCAGGAGACUGCGGUGUACCUGGGGGACUACCUGAACGUGAAGAAGAAGGGCAGACAAAGAAACGCUUUCUGGGUCCAUCAUCUUCACCAGGAGGAAACGCUGGGGAGAUAUGUUGGGAAGGAGUACAAGGACCCAAAGAAGCUGUGGCUCCAUUUCUCCGACGUGGAGCGACAGAUGACUGCCCAGCACUACGUGACUGAAUUUAACAAGAGACUUUAUGAACAGAAGAUCCCAACGCAGAUAUUCUAUAUCCCGUCUGCAGUGCUGCUGAUUUUAGAGGGCAAGAGGAUACAAGGAUGUGUCAGUGUGGAACCUUACAUUCUGGGAGAGUUUGUAAAAUUAUCAAAUAACACCAAGGUGGUGAAAACAGAAUACAAAGCCACAGAGUAUGGCCUGGCUUAUGGACAUUUUUCUUAUGAGUUUUCUAAUCACAGAGAAGUUGUGGUAGAUUUACAAGGCUGGGUGACUGGUGACGGAAAGGGGCUCAUCUACUUGACAGACCCCCAGAUCCACUCUGCAGAUCCGAAAGGUGUCGCUGCCAACUUUGGAAGACGGGGCAUUUCUUACUUCUUCACCCACCAGCAUGUGGACUGCAAUGAGAUCUGCCAUCGUCUGUCUCUGACCAGGCCAUCCGCUGAGAGCCCAGACCAGCCUUGGGCAGCGUGGGUUCAGGGCUGAUGGCCGUGGGCCGAGGUCUCUCCUGCAGGUACAUGGGGCUCAGCACGGCCUGGUCCUGGAGGGCCGGGUCUGGGCUGUGACUGGUGAGGGAAGCGGAUGAGUGUCGGUGUCAGGCCCACAUUUAAUGACAGUGCGAGGCCCUGUGGAGGCUCCCUGCUCUGACACAAUUACCAUUCAUCCCGUACAGUCCUUUCCCUCAAAGCAUGUGUCUAAUCCCUUCUUGGGAUUUGCUUCUUGAAGAACCCGUACUAACAAGUUUAUUAAAGAAAUGGGGAAAAUUACCUUAUUAACAAAAUAAAGGGAGGAAAUCAUGUUAUAGUAUCAAAAGAUACAGAAAAAGUGACUUAAAAUUGAAACUCAGUUCAUGGUUAUAAGCUCUUUGCAAACAGGGCAUAAAGCAAUGAUAGAAUUGGGGAAUCUCCAUCUUGCAUUAAUGAAAUGGACCUGGGCCAGGUGACUGUGCAGGGCACACUGUCCCCGGGCUGGGGGGGACUCAUGCUGGAGGUGCUCAUGAUAGAGGCUGCUCCCUCCUUGGUCCGUCUGUCCCCUGAAAGUGGGACCAGAAACCAGUGACAAAGUAGCAUCUGGGGACCAGCAGGGAUUUUCUAUGCAAGUUGGGUAUUUGGUACAAUCAGGGAAGUGAUGUCUUUAACGUUUCCAGUUUCCUUCUCUGGUCUUUCAUAUUUCUUUCCGAUAGCAAAAUUGAUACUGGGAAAUUUUCAAGUGAUUUUUUUUACAAGAACUCCAUGAUCACUUUUCUAAAUUAAACUAAAUAAUGACUUUGUAUUUUAUUUUUCUGCCUGUGGAGUUGUGAGAUGACAGUAUUUAAAAAGCUAAGUUCCAGGGGCGCAGUUAGACAGGAGGAGACUGGUUGUGUUCCUUGGAUGUCGGAGUCGGGCGCUGCUCUCGUGGGAGGCGAAGCUCAUUGUCAGCCGUCACCACACACACAGACUCAUCCACGCAGACUCCUCGCGCAGUCUAGGUGUGAAGUGGGGUGGGGGUGGGGAGAGAAAAACAAAUCUCUUUGUUACGGUGCAUAAGCGGCUGCGUGAGCAAGCUUCGCAGCUGUGCCAGGAGCUCGAGCUUUCAGCACAUAAAGCCAGUGUGAAUAAUCCUUUCUCAGAGCAGUGGCUUUGUCAGGUGAACUUGAACCGCGUCGGAUCUGCCCAUUCCCACCACACUCGGCCUGUCCCCCCGGGGCCUUCGCCAUCUUGGCUGUUGUUUAAAGAGAACGAGCAAUCCAUCAUUGGCCCAGGGAGCCACUUUCUCAUGGAAAAGUCAGAGCAGCCUGUGACAGGGCACUGCCCCAGCCUUCUGCAGAUUAAAUGGCGCUUGGCGACUCCCGUGCUCCCAGAAGAUUAAGUGGGUUACCUUGUUCAGCCCAGACAAAGGGCUCUCCUCCCAGGCAGGGAGCCUUACAGAAGCUGGGAAGGUGGGAAACAGAAUUUUACAAGAAAACUGACCCAGGAUGUUACUUUCUAUCUACCUAUCUCCUCUGCAGACCACGGCACAAAGCAGGACCCACCCACCCGGGAGGUGCAAGGUCAUCCCCAGGUGUGGCCGCCCCUUCCUGGUCUGGCUGCCCCCACAGGUGACGGAUGCAGUGAUACACUUCCUGAGGGACGCGGGGGGGUCCUGCCACUACAGUAUCAGGUUACUAACAUUGUUACCGUGGUGUGGUCCACACAGGAAUAAACUCCUGGGUGAAUCUCCUACAGAAAUGAGCUCCCAGUGCAAGUCGGAAGUAUAGCCUUUAACUUACCAAGCCAAGGCAAAUGUUUUAUCAUAUUACAGAAAAUAGUAUUUUUUAAAUCAUUGAAAGGGCAGUUUUUAGAACUGAUUUUCAAAAGCAUGAAAAAAUACAAUCACAGUGUUUAAUUUUAUAUUAAAUAAGUACAUUAAUUAAAAUUAACAUAAGAAAAAUAUCUAAUUAAAUAUUUUUUAAAACUUAAUGUUAAAGUUCAGAUUGUAUUUUGCCAUUUAGACACUGGGAAUGAUACAGGCAACAGAAAGAAUCUCGAUUCCUUUCAGGUUCUGGUGGACUUGAGGCAGUGCUGUUAUCAGAAAUGUCUUCAUUAUUUAUAUUUGGUGCAUAUUUUGACACUCCAAAUUCUCUCUUUAAGUACAGGCCAUUUUCUAGUGAAAGGGUUAGAAUCAAAGAGUGCUCUGUUUUGUUACCUUUAACUGAGUUUUCAAACACGCCCUCUCUCACUGCCUGUGUGUUCCAUAAAUGUCACAUCCUGGCACAGGGCAGCUGUGGGUCGUGUGCAUGUUCCCCGUGAAGUAUGACACCAGAGUUAGCCUCUCCUUCCUAUACAAAUCACCAAAACACCAAGGGACCAUAGAAACACUUUUGUUAGAUAUUUGACAUUGUCUUUUCCAAAUAACAGAAGGACCCACAGCAACUGGCUCUCAGUAGUGAACCUUCCCUCUGGGCAGGGUGUCUGCAGUGUCCCCUUGGGCCGGACUGAGGUCCCUGAGCCACCUGCACCAGUGGCAUGGGACCCAGGGACAGGAGCCUCUGGCCAGCUGCACUCUUCCCGGCCUCCAGGGCACGUAUGUGCCAGAGCCGGGCUGGCCAGGCCAGCACACAGCCUCCGAGCCUGUGGCCUGCUUGCGCAACACAGAAACACGAGGAAGACCCUGCAAUGCAUGUAAAUGCUCAGAGCGAUGGGGCCCAGGGGCCUUUGCAAACACUCAAAGCCACAGAUUGUUCCAACAAAGGAAAUUUGAAAUGUCAAAGUCCUAGGCCUCCCAGACGGAGCCGGGUAUUAGGGAGAGGACCACAGCCCUGUGCAACUCACAACCUCCCGCCAAACUGGUCCGCUCGUCCCUCUUGUCACCUCAUACCCCUGAGUCCUCAUGGCACGGCCUCUGCACCAUCUAAACUGAACAAGGACACACACGCAGCAAGCAUCAUCCCCAAGCCUCUCAAGAUGAUAGGAUCUCAUAUCAAGGUGGAUUAAACUGGCUUCUCUGAAAGUGCAUGGCCAAGUAUCAGCUUCACUACGUUCCACUCUGGGUUACCAGAGGGACACAGACGGGGGGGGGGGGGGGGACAAGUGCACCCUGCACGGGCCAGCAGCCUCUUGUUGUUGGUCGUGGCCACACAGCAGCUGAAUGCAGCUCCAACUUGCCCUCGGUGUCAAGAGAAGGCCAGUCUUUGUCACCAAUAACUUUAAGAAUUAGAUAAAGUACGAAUCAGUAGGAAUUAAGUGCUGGGUCAUGUGGUGGACAUCAACUGUUUCACUUCCCUGGCAGUGUUUGAAGAGGCAGGAAAAAUGCUGUGCUCCGAACACCUGCGACCCAGAUCAGAUCUCAGAUGCUAAAAGAUGAACUAAAAAGGACCUUGAGGAAAAUUAAUGUUUUAUAAUUUUAAAAACCAACCCAGCUAUCAAGAAAAUACUGUUUUCAGGAAGGAUUUCGUAGUCUGGUACAGCUGACUCAUACACCUGCUGGAAGAGAAGAGACUGCUAAGGUGUGCAUAUUUAUUGGACUGUUUCCUUUGAAAAAAUUAUCUAUUCCCUUCUGAAAACGGGUUCCUUUUGUCCCUGCAAAAUAACCCUAGAGUUAUUUUUUCUUUCAACCCUAAUGAUAUGUUUAUGAAAAGAGGUUAGGUUCAGAAAACCACCAGCACCUAAAUCUAAAUGCAACAGUGUGGCCUUUAAGGAAAUACACCCACUUUUUUUUGGGGGGGGGAACCUUUUAAAAAUCCAGACCGAGUUGCUGCUUCUCAGCUGUAAAGGUCCCUGUCCACAACUUUAAGUAGAACUGACCCUUGUUGUCCCUCUCAGCUGUGGAACAGAGGGAACAAAUGAGAACACACACCCACCUUUCCACCCUAGGCCUGUAGACACAGAGGCUCGCCCACAGACACACACACGCGCUCGUGCACAGACACGUGCACACACACGCACGUGCAUGCACUCAGUCACACACAGAGGCUUCCUUACACUGUCACAAAGGAAGCACUUACCGUGCUUCCUUACAGUGUCACACUGUCACCGUCACUCGGUAAUUACUUGUUUACGUGUCUGCCUCUCCAUUAGCUUGGGAGCAUGUGACAGCGGGGACCAAGUUCAGUGUGUCAGCCCCCGGGCCAGCCCAGCCCCCGGCCGUCAGUAAGGCCUUGUUGAAUGAGAGAAUGGAAUCAUUAAAACUCACAAGAUGAAUUGAGAGUGCAGUUUUAUGAUUGGCCCAUUGUGCACCACGCUUGGUGUGAUAGUGUUUCGCAUCGCGCCCUGCACCCUGCACGUGCUCCAUGCGUGUCUGCAGGCCGUGUGAAUGAAUGAUGGCAGGUGAAAAACCUCUUAAUUAGAUCCAGAGGCUCCUCUUUAUUUGUAGAACCAAAUAAGGAAGGCGUUCUCAGACACUGGAAAGAGCUAUGCCGACGUCUUUGUUUUCCAGAAGACUCAUCUGAAUGGUAAUGAGUGUGGAAAAUGGAUUAGCUCCUGGGUGGACAGGUUUUUUGCUUGUUUGUUUGUUUGUUUGUUUGUUUGUUUUGUGUGGAGAAAAAGUGAAAAUGCUCAAGUGCUUUACCAUUUACUGAUAGCCAGUCCUUUGUUUCCUAUGAUUUUUAUCUUAGUGCUUAUUUAGUUAACACAAUUAAACUAUUUUUGGUUCACAAAUUAAAAUUGGUAAAAAAAAAAACAAAAACCCACUAAACUGUCCCCAGUGUUGUGUUGAUGUUGAAUUUGAUCGUUAUUUUAUGUAUCAGUCAAUGUGAUAACUCUGGAGAGAGUGACCCCCUUCGGCCCUGCAGUGACAAGGACAGGUCUUCCCUGCAGCACGUUCUCUUCCUGUGCCGGAAUGCUUCCGCGGUCUGAUUCUUAAAGAAGAUUGAAUUAUGAGCUUCUGUUCAGCACGGCACUGAGUGAAAAACGAGACCAGAUUCAAGUGCCCCGCGUGCUGCACAUGUCGGGUGACUGUUGUCACGGGCGAGGCACGGCUUCAGCUUCCAGCCCCCGUGUUUACUUGAUGUUAAUCCUCAUCCGAGGACACGUCCAUUGGUCUUAGAGCAGGAAGAAGGGAGAGAGGGAACUAAAGAGAGAGACAUCGCUCAGCCGUGCCGUGCCCUGAGCCGGGUGGAACCCACGACCUGGACACGAGCCCUUACUGGCAGUCUGACCUGCGACCUUCUGGUGCACAGGACAGUGUCCCAACCAACUGAGCCACUCAGCCAGGGCCCAGCUUCCACUUUCAAAGACGCAGUUAUAAAAGGUGACUAAAUGUUUGGUUUUUCCACCUAUUUUUGACAUAGAGAAAAAUGGGCACACGAACACUUCAUGCUUUAAAAAAUAACACCACCUGUUACUACAGAAGGUAUGCAAGGCCCUCAGACUCACAGCGACAGAGGCUGGCGGUGCCCAGGGCUUGGGGAGGGGAAUGGGUUUCAGGGGUGCAGAGUCCCAGGUUUUUCGAGUGAAAAGUUCUGGAGACUGUCUGCCCGGCGCUGUGGGUACACUUAGCACUACUGAACUACACACUAAAAAACGAUUACAAUGAUUACCUGAGAAAUCACGCUUAGGAUGGCUUUAGACUUCAAGGCAUUAAAGUUUUCUUAUGUAGCCAAUGAAUACAAAUAAAAAGGGUGUUUAUAACAGAAUCUUCUAACUUUUCAGAGGUGAAGCACCAAGUUUUGGUUGGCUAUAAGACUUUUUCUGCUACAAAUAAGUUAUGUAGUCCUCAGAUAAAGACAGACCAUAUUGAGUGCAGUCUUAUGCACUGACAAUCAUCAAAUCUUAGUGGCUUUUACCAUAUUUUUUGGAAUAUAAAGUGCACCCCCCAAAUCUGGGGGGAAAGGCGGUGCAUCUUAUAGUCCGAAUGUAGCUUUACAUUUACAUUGGUGAAAUAUUAUGUUAUUUAUGUUAUUAAAUAUUUUACCACAUUUUUUUCUUCAAAAAUUUUUUUCUAUUUUCCUCCUCUAAAACUUAGGUUCAUGUUGUGGUAAUUCCCAAGGUUUUCUCCCUCAGGCAGCACCCACUGGGUGUCUCACGGGACCACUGCUCUUCACGUGGCCACUCAGAAGCCCAAGCAGCUUCGCUGCCAGGGGCCUGCGGAGUCCCCUGGGAGGGCGCCUCAGACGCUGGCAGAGAGGGCGGGACAGUCCACGACAGGCAGUGCAGUGAAGUUAAGUGACAGGCUUUGAGUGAGAGCGGCAGAGACGUGCAGGAACAGCAGGAAGCACGUUGACUGGAACAUGCAUGUGUGUUGCCCUGUGCACGCAGGGGCACCAUCAGCACAAGUCCGGUUCUGCUCUCACGGCAAGGCCAGGCGGCAGGGCAGCCGCCUGAGGCUGCCAACGUUACAGAUUCUGGGAAACACAGUGAGGGUCCCAUGUGGUGGGACCAGGGCCACCUUGUUUAGUUCUGCUCACAGACUCCCAAUCCCUUCCAACGGGCUGGCACCAUUUCUAAAAUUCAAAAGUGUGCCAUGAAUAAAACAGUUGUGACGCUAUCUGCUUAUGACGCCUCCUUGUCCCAGAUCUCGUAAUACCCCUGGUUUUGCUGGGGUAGGAAAAGAGGGUUACUGAAAAAAUCGAACCUUGCUCCCCUUUGCGGGAAGAGACAGGAGCAGCAGUUCCAGGAAGCCCAUGACCGACAGGCCCCAUCGGGACCGGCUCCUGCCUGCUGUCUAGUGUGCCAUCAUCACCUCACCUGCUGCGCUAAAGGUCCGAGAGACUCAGAACAGCCGGACGGCAGGGUGCACGCCCUGGCCAGCCCUUCAGCAGCCCACCGAACUUCUGCAGCCCAGAACCACUGAGCUCUGAAAAUGCUCUGGGAAGCCUAGAAAACCUUCCCCACCACGGGACAGCAGUGUCAGCUGAGAUUCCUGACCAGUGCCACUCAAGUAGAACUGAAAGCCUUUUAGAGUUAUUUGCUCACAAAAAACCCCAAAACAUGAAACUCAUUUUCACUGUGCCCUUUGUGGAACGUCCCAGACUGAGGCUGUGGUCGGAUGGACAUGGGGGUCUGCAGACAAGGCCAGGAGUGUCCAGUGAUCGUCCCGCUGGAGAGCUGCUGGGCACAGGCCUGGUGUGUGUGGGAGUGAACUAACCUCCUGAGAUGCAAGAAAAACGUGGACUUGAACCCAAGACUCCAGAGCUGCUCUCUCACCCUGCGGGAUAAAUCGUACUUUCUCCCAUGUCUACUUCUAAGCAGCUGCUCUGGGACUUUGAGGGUCAGGAAAAGUAUUUUAGUUUACACAGUUCUGAUUGAAGAAAACAUGUUGACCGUUCUGGACACUGUGAUAUGAAAGGAGUAUUAAUGUAUCAAUUCAAUACUUGCUUAAGUUCAUGAUUAGACUUCCCUCCCCAUAGUUUCACAAGUGUUUUUUAUUAAAGAUUUUAUUUUAUUUCUAGGAAGAGGGGAAGGGAGGAAGAGACAAACAUCACUGUGUGGUUGCCUCUCGCAUGCCCCCUACUGGAGACCUGGCCAGCAACCCAGGCAUGUGCCCUGACUAGGAAUCGGACUGGCGACCCUUUGGUUUGCAGGCUGGUGCUCAGUCCACUGAGCCACAGCAGCCAGGGCAGUUUCACAGGUGUUUAAGUCCUACCUCAUUUGAUUUCUUUUCCAAAAUUACCUGGAAACUAAGGCAGGAAAAUAAAUUAAUUAUGU